ACGUUGUCACCCGCGAGUACACCAUCAACAUGCACAAGAGAAUGCACGGUGUUACUUUCAAGAAGCGCGCUCCUCGUGCUAUCAAGGAGAUCCGCGCCUUCGCUGAGCGGGCUAUGGGCACCAAGGAUGUCCGCCUCGACCCCCAGCUGAACAAGAAGGUCUGGGAAGCCGGUGUCAAGGGCGUUCCCUUCCGCCUCCGUGUCCGCAUCUCCCGCAAGCGUAACGACGAGGAGGGCGCCAAGGAGAGACUCUACUCCUACGUCCAGGCCGUCAACGUCAAGGACGCCAAGGGUCUGCACACCGCCGUUGUUGACGAAUAAAUGGAUCGCUUCCUGCUCGGGUCUUGUGUUACGGUUGACUUGGAACAAUAAAAAAAUUUCCAUGAAAUGAAAAUUUCUUUCCUUCCGCUGUAGCUUCGGUCGUCGGUGCUUCUCUUUCAGGCUCGGGAGUACGGAG